GGCAGCGUGUUCUAGAGAGAGAAAGUGCAGAGGAAAUGAGGGAACAGCGGCGGCGCACUCUUCGGUGACCUGUGGUUGACGGCGGCGAUGUUAUCUUCGAGACCGAGGAUCUGAACGGAGUUCCUGCAAUUUCAUCCGCGAAUGAUGGAAGGAGGGUCCCCAAAUCGAGAGUCGUGGGAAUCUGUGGCUAAGUUAUCUGCUGCAUCUUCAUUGUGUACUCGGGUUCAAGAGUGUAAAGACUUUCUCCGUAGAUUUGCAGAUAGUGAAAUACUGGCAACAAACCUAAUCCCAUGGUUUGAGGAGAUUGGAGAAAAAUCUGCAGUCCCUUUUGACACGCCCUUUGAGUUGAUAGAUCUUCAAAAGUUUGAUUACGCAUUGGAAGGAAUUUCCUUUCAGCAACUGAUUCGGAUGCCUAGUGCUGUUUAUGCUUCAACAUCUAAUGCCGUUGAAGCCACUGCUUACCUUGCUCUAGAAGAUUUUCUCCAUGCAAGUGUGAAGAGCUUAUGGGAGGCAUUUUGGGGUCAGGAUGAACCUUUUCCUUUCUAUGUUUCUUGUGUUUACAACACAAACUUGAGAUUCUGUCAGGCCGAGAAGGCAAUUUCUAGAGACAGAUUAGGGGGUCUUUGUGCUACAGCAGUACUACUAAAGAACCCGAGGCACCCACAGGGAAAGUGGGAUGAUAUUGUUGAAUUAGCACUUUUGCGGCCUGAUAUUGGUAGCCUUGCCACAUCAGCAGACAACAACAGUAAGCCCUCUCUCUCCAUUAUCAGCGAAGCUUUGUUUUUUGGCAUACGCGUAUUGAUUUCAAGAAACCUAAGCAAAUCCAACAUUCCUCUCAGUCUGAAUUCUGUCUUCGUUCUCCUGGUUGAUUCUCAAUAUGGUGGGGUGAUGAGAAUUCAAGGCGACGUGAGCAAGUUGGGAAUGGAUGCGAACAAUGUUUAUGGAUGUGCUGCCGAAUGGGUUAAAAACCACGCAUUGGUUUCAAUUUCUCCUCUUGAUAGGAUAUGGAACAAGCUUGGAAAUGCUAAUUGGGGGGACAUUGGUGCUUUACAGGUACUCUUUGCCACCUUCCAUGCAAUCACGCAAUAUGCCGGAAUGUCAAAGAACUCUGUUGAAGAUUUAGCUGCUGACCAUAGUUCUCGGCUUCAAUCUAGACGCAUGGAAAGGCAAUUGUGUGACGAUAUCAGGGUGAAUGGAAAUGGUUUAUUUCGGUUCCAGCAACAUACAGCUUCACCUGAAAUUGUAGAAGUACAAGAAGAAGAAUCCAUAAGGUUGGACUCGAAUAAUAAGCCAGUAAUGACUCUGGAAGUUGGUUCUGUUAUGUUGAUAGACGAUUCAAACUUGCAGAAAGGCUAUCGGAUCAAUGAUGUAAUGAGUGAUGGUGAAAUAACAUAUUACGUUGCUUCCUCUGUUGAUUAUCCAUCGAAAUCUUUGUUUCUUUAUGUCGGAUCCCAUCCUUCUCAGCUGGAACCAGCAUGGGAAGAUAUGAAGUUGUGGUAUCAAGUCCAAAGGCAAACUAAAGUGCUGUGUGCCAUGAAACAGAAGGGUCUGUCAUGUAAGUAUCUGCCUCAGUUGAGCGCAUCUGGUCGGAUAGUUCAUUCUGGCAAGUGUCGGAGACCUGGAAACUGUGAGUACCCAUGGUGCGGAACUCAAAUCCUCAUCACUAGUCCCGUAGGCAAAACGGUUGCGGAUAUGGUUAGAGAUGGGCAGUUUGGGACCAACGAAGCUAUUAGGUGUUGCCAUGAUUGUCUCUCUGCCCUUUCCUCAGCCGCAUCUGCCGGAAUCCGCCAUGGGGAUAUCCGGCCGGAGAACGUCAUAUACGUCACAUCCAGCGUGAGGAGUCCACACUUUGUGCUUAUCGGUUGGGGACAUGCGAUCAUGGAAGAGAGGGACCGUCCUACAAUGAACCUUCAUUUCUCUUCCACUUAUGCCCUCCAGGAGGGCAGGCUGUGCUCUGCUUCUGAUGCAGAGAGCCUGGUGUACAUGCUUUACUUCUCUUCCGGCGGGGACACACCGGAAUUGGAUUCGGUGGAGGGAGCAUUGCAGUGGAGGGAGACCUGUUGGUCAAAGAGGCAGAUUCAGCAGAAGCUGGGGGACAUAUCUGCGGUGUUGAAAGCGUUUGCGGACUACGUUGACAGCCUGUGUGGGACCCCGUACCCAUUAGAUUACGCGAUAUGGCUAAGAAGGUUGAGGAGGCAUAUUAACGAGGAAGACGAUCACGGGAAGGAGAUCGUUGCGUAUUAGCGCACGGCCUCUCUAUGCAGGCCAUAUCGGUCCAAGGUUGGGAUUGGCCAUCGAUGACUGAUGAUGGGUGGCUAGGGUCUGGGUUUGAAGAGGGAGUAAUAAACAUGAUAAGGAGUAUUAAGCAAAAAUAGUGAGAGGUAAGAAAAAGUUAAAAAGAGACCGUAAGGGGCUGUUUGGUAACUUCUGAAUCGGUAAGUGCUGAACCAGUAAGAGGUCUGAACCAUUAAGUGCUGAACCAGUAAGAGGUCUGAACCAUUAAGAGCUAGUAUAUUGCUUAACUAUUCAGAGGCAAAUGUCUGAUCAAUUCAGAUAAGAGGUCUUAACCAUUCAGACUCUGUAUAAUACUUAAUCAUUCAGAGGCAAAUCUCUUAACCAUUCAGACAUCUGAACCAUUAAGAGGCUGAAACAAACAGUCUGAACCAUU